GUAGCAUCAAACGGAGCGUAUCCAUCGUCCACACAGCGUCUUGUCUCUACUUGUCGCAAUGAUGUGUAGAAGCCAUUUGGGAUUGUUUGUCAAUCAUUAUGAUUAUUAAUACUACGUUAAUUCACUGCUAUUUUUGUCAAAAGAGAGAGCCAGAAGAAUCGUAACUAUGAAGCUAAUCAUCAAAAUCUUAAUAAGAAAAUCAAUCGAAUGAUAACUUGGUCCAAAUCCUAAAAGUGGCACACCGUUGUCAUUAAUUUUUUCAAUUAUACAAUUGUAUAAACAGUAAUAUUACGUAUGAAUAUACAACAAUGCAAGAUUAAUAUUAUGGAUAACAAUGCUCAAAUAUAAAUUUUUGGCCUGUUAUUUCGCGCAUCUGUAUAUUAUUGAUUAACAUAAAGAAUUCAAGCUCGCUAUCCGGUUAUAAAAUUACAAAAUUGUACAAGAAUGGACAAUCCAAGGCAACAAGACAGAUCUCUCAGCAGUGGAAUUUCAUUACCACAAUGGAUGAAAGGAAAAAUAGAUAAUAGAUUCGACUUUGACGAAGCUGCAUUCAGUCCACCAUCUUACGACGAUAGUUUCUUUUAUAUAAGAUAUUCAAAAUCACAAAAUCCUGAAGUAUCGCAACAAGGAUUGAAACAUAUCGUAACCGAGGCUUUGGAUGAAAAUAUCACGAGUUCUACAAAUCAAAUAGGGAAUGAAAAAUCCAUUUCCGAUUUAAAAAAAGUCAAGGAGAUUGAUUUUAGCAAACAUCCUUUGCCAUGCCAACCGUUUAUACCGAUUAUAAACAGUAAAACCUAUGAUAUUAAAUCUCGGAAGAUUCCAGAAGCAGGCGGAAGCAUAAAACCCAAAUCGCAGGGAACGGACGACGGUUUUCACGGUGAACCGGCUCUUUGCGGCAGAUCAAUCGUUCACGUAGCAAAUCAAAUGAUGUCCGGUAAAUUUGUUAAAAUGUUGGCGUCAGAUCCGCAAUCUCAGCAGAUGGAUAGCCAAUUAAAAAAUGUUAGUAAGUCAUUACCAGCAACACCACUGACAUCGCCGACAGGAACUCCAGAUAGUUCACCGAAAGCGCGUAGAAAAAUUCACGCUAACAGAUACUUCACGGGCGCGUUUGUACCAGACAAAGAGAAAUAUCGGGGUAAUUGGAUUUUGGCAAGCAUAUUAGGUCAAUCCAGAGAAACGAUUACCGCAAAAAUAGAAGAAGAAGACGAACCUUUCGCAGACGUGGAACCACGCAAGCCACUUAAUCGAAAAAAGUCGAUAUCUUCGCAAAAUCUUACAUAUAUAGGAAAAGAAGAAAAAUCGGCGGAUAAGUCGCCGGUUUACGUAAAUAUAUUCGAAGCUAAACCAUCCGAAUUAAGAGAAAUGAAUUUUUGGUCACCGACUUCCAUGUGAAACCUUAAAUUUGAUUCAAUUAUACAACUAUAUAGAUAGUAAUUAUAUAACUAUGCUUCUACCAAAGCAUAUAUUUGAAUUAAUUUAGGUUAAUUUAGGUUAAUUCCAUACAAUUAAACAAUGCAUAGUUCUAAUUCUUUAUAUCAAUAUCUCGGCAACGUUUCAUACGACAUAUAUAUUUACAUACUUUACAUAUUCGGAUUCUUAUAAGUUAAAUAUCUCGAAAAAAACAAUCAAUAGUAUUAGUACAUUCGCAAUACAAUAGAAUUAUAUACGUCACAUAGAAAUCGCGUGGAACGGGUUACGUCUAUACGUGACUCUCUCAACAGAUACAACUCUGCAUCUGUAAUCGCAUUAAAUAAAAUAUAUCUUUUACAUGAAUUAGAUAAAUAAAUUAACAAUAAAUAAUCAAUAAUAAAACAAAAUUUUCCAAUCGUCUUGUACAUAAAAUCAUCAUCACUAUACCCGAAAAAGAAAUAAAUAUAAUCGAAAAAGAGUAAUAUUACAGAAAGGUAAUUAGAUCUUUUCAACUAAGUUUUCUCAAUAUUUAUUAUAAGCGAGAUGUGACACGUUUAAACCGCACUAUUAACUUUACAUGUUUCAUACACGUUGCACUUAAUAACUUCAGCUACGAACCAUAUUUUCGUUAGUAAAAAAAAAAACGAAAGAAAAAAUCAACUUUGAUAACUCGAAUGCAAAACGGAUUGUUGACAUAAUCGUGUAUAUAAUGGCAUUAUUUAUACAUGAAAACUGAUAUCUUGUAUUAUAUAUACUCGUUUUUCGUAUAUCUUAGAUCAUAGCGCAUAAUUUAUACAUAUAUUAAAUUUGUCAAAUUCUGCAAAUUCCCGUAAAGGCAUGUUUUAAUUAUGUACAUACGACACUCGAAUUGUAAUAAAAUGUGACAUAUGCAAUAU